AAUACACAGAUAUUUGUCAUUUGCAGUUAUGCUCCUUGGUGUCCAGCAUGCCAGCAGAUCGAAGCAGAUUGGGAGAAUUUUGCAAAACGAAGUUCCGGCCUUAAUGUUAAAGUUGCCAAAGUGGACGUCACUCAACAACCAGGAGUGAGCGGCCGGUUCUUCGUAACAAAACUUCCAACGAUUUUCCAUGCCAAAGAUGGAGUGUUCCGAUGUUAUCAUGGCUCCCGAAUGGUUGAAGAUCUCCACACCUUCAUUGCAGAGAACAAAUGGAAUGUGAUAGAGCCGGUUGCGGGAUGGAAGUCGCCUUCCUCUGUCUUGAUGGCUGGAAUGUCGGGACUGUUUUAUCUCUCUGGAUGGAUCCGGCAAACUCACAACUACUUGACAGGCCCUUUGGGAAUGUCUGCUUGGGGCUCUUACAUCAUUUUCAUCAUGGCCACUUUGAUGAUUGGACUGAUUCUUGGUUUGAUGUUGGUCCUGCUAAUAGAUUGCUUCUGCCCAGCCAAACCCAAGUCUGAAGUUCUGAGAUCAGAUAUUCCUAGGAAAGACAUUGAAGAGGUAGAGAAGGACCCGGGUGAUGAAAAAGUGUCUGACGAGGAUGUCAGCGAAGAAGAUGAAGAGGAGAAGGAUGAGCAAGCAGAGGGCAAUGAAGAAGCUGGAAAUUCUAAUGCUGAGGGUUCUGGGGAGAAUUCUGAAGCGGAGGGCUCUGGGACAGAAGAGGAAGACGACGUUGGCACGCAUGUACCACCUUCAAGCACACCCGAAUCUGAAAGUGCCUUGAGACAACGCAGAAGUGAAGCAGCGGCCGACAGCGGACAUUAGUCAUUUCUGUAUGCUUAGAUGCUUACCUUUUUUAAGGACCAAAGAUGAGUCGUUUUGUUGCUGAAGGUUUUUUUUUUUUUUUUUUUUUAAGUUUUUGUAGCAAAUGUUUGUUCAUUCCUAAGAUAUAAAUCAGUGGUUCUCGCCCUCAGUCCUCAAGUACCCCCAAAAAGUAAAAAAUUAUUGUGUUUUUUUUGUUUUUUU